GGCAUGGCGGUGUACGGGGUGGCGGCGGCAGUGCUGGCGGGCGUGGAGAGCCGCCAGGGCUCCAUCAAAGGGCUGGUGUACGCCAGCGGCUUCCAGAACGUGAAGCAGCUGUACGCCCUGGUGUGCGAGACGCAGCGCUACUCCGCCGUGCUGGACGCCGUGAUCGCCGGCGCCGGCCUCCUCAGCGCCGAGAAGAAGCUGCGGCCGCACCUGGCCAAGGUGCUAGUGUAUGACUUACUGCUGGGAAGAGGCUUUAGAGGGGGCAGGGGCCGAUGGCAGCGUCUGCUGCACCGGCACCAGGCAAGGCUGAAGGCUGAGUUGGCUCGGCUCAAGGUUCAUCGAGGUGUGAGCCGGAAUGAGGACCUGUUGGAAGUGGGAAGCAGGCCUGGCCCAGCCACGCAAGUGCCUCGAUUUGUGCGGGUGAACACUCUCAAGACCUGCUCCGAUGAUGCAAUUGAUUAUUUCAAGAGACAAGGUUUCUCCUACCAGGGUCGAGCUUCCAGCCUCGAGGACCUAAGGGCCCUCAAAGGGAAGUGUUUUCUUCUGGAUCUCUUGUUGCCAGAGCUGCUUGUGUUUCCUGCCCAAACGGAUCUGCAUGAACAUCCAUUGUACCAAGCCGGCCACCUCAUCCUGCAAGACAAGGCCAGCUGUCUCCCAGCUAUGCUGCUGGCUCCACCGCCAGGUUCCCACGUCAUUGAUGCAUGUGCUGCUCCAGGCAAUAAGACCAGUCACUUGGCUGCUCUUUUGAAGAACCAAGGGAAGAUCUUUGCCUUUGACCUGGAUGCCAAACGCCUGGCGUCCAUGGCUACUCUGCUGGCCCGGGCUGGAGUCUCGUGCUGCGAGCUGGCUGAGGAGGACUUCCUGGCAGUCUCACCCUCAGACCAGCGUUAUUGUCAGGUCCAGUACAUCUUGCUGGAUCCUUCUUGUAGUGGCUCUGGUAUGUUGAGCAGACAGCUGGAGGAGCCUGGGGCAGGCACACCUAGCAAGGAACGCUUGCAUGCCCUGGCAGGGUUCCAGCAGCGCGCUCUAUGCCACGCGCUCACCUUCCCGUCCCUGCAGCGCCUCGUCUACUCCACGUGUUCCCUUUGCCAAGAGGAGAACGAAGACGUGGUACAAGGUGCCCUGCAGCAGAGCCCAGGAACCUUCAGGCUAGCUCCUGUGUUACCCUGCUGGCCCCACCGAGGCCUUAGCACUUUUCCAGGUGCCGAACACUGCCUCCGGGCCUCCCCUGAGACCACGCUCACCGGUGGCUUCUUCGUUGCUGUACUUGAACGGGUAGAGGUGCCAGGCUCAGUCUCACAGGCCAAAGCAUCAGCACCAGAACUUUUACCCAGCCCUGCCCCAAAAAGAAAGAAGAGGCAGCAAAGAGCAGCAGCUGCUCCUGGCACACUGCCUUGCACACAGCAGGAAGGAAACUGGUAAUGCUACUUCUCCAGCUAGAAAGACGGAGUGGAUUUCCUCAUCCUUUGGGUCCCCUCCAUGGGCCGUGUUCUUGCUGGUGAGAGAAGUGCUGCCCACAAAAAUAAAAGGCAGGAUGGUCUAUGAUA